UCCAUAAUCACUCGCACCGAGCUCCUCACCAAUCUACCCGCGGUCUGUCCGUCUCCGACUCCGACCACCGCCGCCGCCUCCGUCACCCAUCCCCAGCAGGCAGGACAAGGACGAGUUCCUCCCAAAUCCCAACCAGUCUCCUACCAAUACCACCCCCAAAACCCUAGCGACAAUGCCGGACGGCCCGUACGCCAAGCUCCUCGCCAGUCUCAGCAAGUAUCACAAGCAAAACUGCCCCCAAAUCCCUACCCAACCUCGCCCCACCACCACCACCACCAAGAAAGCCCCAGCGACAACGCCGUCCACCAAGAGCGACACCGGCGACCUCCACAUCUACCAGCCGCCACCCUCUCGCCGGGGCUGGGCCAGCAACCGCGACCUCAAGGCGCCCCUCCGCUACCUCGGCCUCCUCGACGUCGCGCGCCUCAAACUCCCAACUGGCGUCCCCCGACCGCGCCUCGUCUCCCAGCUCAUCUCCUCUUACGACCGGGACAAGGGCUGCGGCUACAUCUCGGGCACCCGCGUCCGCGUCAAUGUCGACCGCAAGUCCUUCCUCAGCGCGGUUUCCCUCCACCCCACGCCCAAGCGCGGCAGGGAUCUCCUUCCCAAUGUGCCCCUGUCCGCAGUUACCCGCGCCGCCAGGCAGUUCAUCAGCAUGUGCCUUCGGGUCCAGUCGCGUGGUGACAUGCUGCCAAUUCUGUCGGCCGCGGUUCAGGAGGUAGAGGCGGGGUCAGCGCAAAAGGUUGACUGGGGUAAGCUGAUGUGGGAUCUAGUCGAGAAUGAGAUUCUUGAGCUGCCAAAGAGGGAUGACAAAGUUUCGUAUUUCGGGAUCUACCUUCAGAGACUCAUACUGGUGCAGCUGCCACAGCUGUUCAAGUCUGACACGUUCCAAGCUGCCCUGCAAGGGGGUGCCUGGGUGAAGACAGCCAUUCUUCGGGCUGGGACGAAACCCAUGGAGGUGCAGAGCUCACAGCUGGGCGCCGUAACGCUGAAUGAUGAUGUGGGCGUGGGCAACAGCGUUAGACAGAGAUUGUCUUCCACUCUGAACGAUGGGAAGAUGGACACUGAUGAGCACAAUGAUCAUACGGAAUCACAACAUCGCUUUAUCCAGCAGGGCAACCAACAACACAAGAGGGCCUGGAACAAUAUAAAUUGUGGUGGUGUUGUACCCACUGGAUCAGCAAGCGCUAUUGCAAAUAGUUCUCACGACAUCGCAGAUAUAGAGCGAGAACUUAAAAAUGCUACUUCAGAUGAGUUGCAUGAGGCGGAGACACUUAUCCAGGUAGUAAAGUUGCUGCAGGAGGAACUAUCUGCAGAAGCCAUCAUGCAUAUAUUUGAGUAGGACCAUGCUUAAGCUACCCAGGGCUCUCCUGUGUCUCCCUCCCGGCUGUAGAUAUGUUCUCAUCGGGUUAACUGGUUUUCGUUUUGCUUUUGGAGAUCAGCCUUUAGUAGUCUCCACCAAGAAGGAUUAUCUGGCUCUGCUAGCCCUUGGUAGCCCAGGGUGCCGGAAAACUUGGAUGCUUGGUUCAUCCUCUGGAUGCUUUUCUGUAAAAGCAAGAGCCAGAGUAGCUGGGUAUGGGAAAAAAGAGAGAGAGAUAUGUUGUCUGUUCUGUAGUUUUUUGGGAGUAGUCAGGGUUGAUGCUCGAGGUUUCCAGGUCUGAUCCUUAUCUUGGCUCCUCUUACUUUAUUAGUACCACUAGUAGAUCAUGUUCUUUCGAAUGCUGCUUAUGAUUACGUCUUGAACAUCAUGUGAAUAUUCGGAACUAUGAAGUAUCUAUAUAAUUUUAGAUUUUCUGCUGUUCGUGCCAGCUAUCCAAAUUUACUUUCGUGUUGUCAAGAGCAAGAAUGACAUUACUAAAUGAAGAUUCAAUCUCUGAGAUGCUCUUUUAGCAAAUAGUUGGCAUUUUUU